GUACCGGCAUGUGCGGUGUGUGCGCUCCAUGUGAGCGAAGGUAGAGUACACUGUAGCGAAGGUAACGAAGUAGCUUGCUUCGCUUCUCGUAUUGUGUGGUUGUUAACACGUGUUAUCGUGAGUCUGUGUAAAUAGAAUGCGAACAACAGAGUCGUUAUACGGAAAUGGCCGACGACCUGCCGAGCCACCCGUCCCGUUUCGACAGCUCUUGCCCAUGCAACUGAAAGACAAGGUCUCUGGAAAGAAAGGUCGCCAGAACGAUGUUGCCUGCUUACCAGAGAUGAUGACCUUGUUCUCUUGCUUGGCUGAAAAAAACUACGAUUCCAAUAAUUGUUCUAAGGAAGUCACCGCAUUUCAAGGAUGCUUCAACAAAUUCCUGAAACAGAAUGCACAGUACAAGGCUACUGGCUCACUGGGAAUCCUUACUCCAGGACUAAAGGCAUCACAGUUGACUUCACAGCAGGCUAAUGCACUUCUCAAAAAGUAUCCCAUUGCAAAUAUGUUAAAGAAGGUUCGGUAGUGUGUAAAUGCUUGUUACUGUAGUUGGGAAUAAAAUGUCUGUU